CAGAGCAGGAGCGGUCCUCGCUGCAUCCAACCUCUGCCUGGGCUCCCGCUUCUUCUUUGCCGCUGGGCCUCGGCCCAGGAUCCACGACGGGCGACACGGAGCCGCCAGUGCUGGAGGGGGAGCCGUGGGUGCGGGGCAGCGUGGGGGCAGAGGCCCCGGGACGCCCGCCCGGCCCCAGGCCCCGCUCCGCCCGGGCGCCCCCACGGGUGUCCCCCCCUUCCUGGUCCGAGCAGUGUGAGUGUGCCCGGGAGCCCGGCGGUGGCGGCGGCGGCGUGGAAACUGGCGUGGGCUGGGGGGUCAGAGCCGCGGGGGGCAGUGCCAUGCACAAGCACCAGCACUGCUGUAAGUGCCCCGAGUGCUAUGAAGUGACCCGCCUGGCCGCUCUGCGGCGCCUCGAGCCUCCUGGCUAUGGGGACUGGCAGGUGCCCGACCCCUACGGGCCAGGUGGGGGCAAUGGGGCCAGCUCUGGUUAUGGGGGCUACAGCUCGCAGACCCUGCCCUCUCAAGCAGGGGCCACCCCCACCCCUCGCACCAAGGCCAAGCUCAUCCCCACCGGUCGAGAUGUGGGGCCAGUGCCCCCUAAGCCAGUCCCGGGCAAGAGCACCCCGAAACUCAACGGCAGUGGCCCCGGCUGGUGGCCUGAGUGCACCUGUACCAACCGGGAUUGGUAUGAGCAGGUGAAUGGCAGUGAUGGCAUGUUCAAGUAUGAGGAGAUAGUACUGGAGCGGGGCAACUCUGGCCUGGGCUUCAGUAUUGCAGGUGGCAUCGACAACCCCCAUGUCCCUGAUGACCCUGGCAUCUUUAUUACCAAGAUCAUCCCUGGUGGAGCAGCUGCCAUGGAUGGGAGGCUGGGGGUGAAUGACUGUGUGCUGCGGGUGAAUGAGGUGGACGUGUCGGAGGUGGUGCACAGCCGGGCGGUGGAGGCGCUAAAGGAGGCAGGCCCUGUGGUGCGGUUGGUGGUGCGGAGGCGGCAGCCCCCACCUGAGACCAUCAUGGAGGUCAACCUGCUCAAAGGGCCCAAAGGCCUGGGUUUCAGCAUUGCUGGGGGCAUUGGCAACCAGCACAUCCCAGGAGACAAUAGCAUCUAUAUCACCAAGAUCAUUGAGGGGGGAGCUGCUCAGAAGGACGGACGCCUACAGAUUGGGGACCGGUUGCUAGCGGUGAACAACACCAAUCUGCAGGAUGUGAGGCACGAGGAAGCCGUGGCGUCACUGAAGAAUACAUCAGAUAUGGUCUAUCUAAAGGUGGCCAAGCCGGGCAGCCUCCACCUCAACGACAUGUAUGCUCCCCCUGACUACGCCAGCACUUUUACUGCCUUGGCUGACAACCACAUAAGCCAUAAUUCCAGCCUGGGUUAUCUUGGGGCAGUGGAGAGUAAGGUCAGCUACCCUGCUCCUCCUCAGGUGCCCCCCACCCGCUACUCUCCUAUCCCCAGGCACAUGCUUGCUGAGGAGGACUUCACCAGAGAGCCCCGCAAGAUCAUCCUGCACAAAGGCUCCACAGGCCUGGGCUUCAACAUCGUAGGAGGAGAGGAUGGAGAAGGCAUUUUUGUCUCCUUCAUCCUGGCAGGAGGCCCAGCAGACCUGAGUGGGGAGCUGCGCAGGGGAGACCGGAUCUUAUCGGUGAAUGGAGUGAACCUGAGGAAUGCAACUCAUGAGCAGGCUGCAGCUGCUCUGAAACGCGCGGGCCAGUCAGUCACCAUUGUGGCCCAGUACAGACCAGAAGAGUAUAGUCGCUUUGAAUCGAAGAUACAUGACUUGAGAGAACAAAUGAUGAACAGCAGCAUGAGUUCUGGGUCUGGGUCCCUCCGAACAAGUGAGAAGAGGUCCUUGUAUGUCAGGGCCCUGUUUGAUUAUGACCGGACUCGGGACAGCUGCCUGCCAAGCCAGGGACUCAGCUUCUCUUAUGGUGACAUUCUGCAUGUCAUUAAUGCCUCUGAUGAUGAGUGGUGGCAGGCAAGGCUGGUGACCCCACAUGGAGAAAGUGAGCAGAUCGGUGUGAUCCCCAGUAAGAAGAGGGUGGAAAAGAAAGAGCGAGCUCGGUUGAAAACCGUGAAGUUCCAUGCCAGAACGGGGAUGAUUGAAUCUAACAGGGACUUCCCUGGGUUAAGUGACGAUUAUUAUGGAGCAAAGAACCUGAAAGGGCAAGAGGAUGCUAUUUUGUCAUAUGAACCAGUGACACGGCAAGAAAUUCAUUAUGCGAGGCCCGUGAUCAUCCUGGGCCCAAUGAAGGACCGAGUCAACGAUGACCUGAUCUCCGAGUUCCCGCAUAAGUUUGGAUCCUGUGUGCCACAUACUACUCGGCCUCGGCGUGAUAAUGAGGUGGAUGGACAGGACUACCACUUUGUGGUGUCCCGAGAACAGAUGGAGAAGGAUAUUCAGGACAAUAAAUUCAUUGAGGCAGGCCAAUUCAAUGAUAAUCUGUACGGGACCAGCAUACAGUCAGUCCGGGCAGUUGCAGAGAGGGGCAAGCACUGCAUCCUAGAUGUUUCUGGCAAUGCUAUCAAGAGACUGCAGCAAGCACAACUUUACCCCAUUGCCAUUUUCAUCAAACCCAAGUCCAUUGAAGCUCUUAUGGAAAUGAACCGACGACAGACGUAUGAACAAGCAAAUAAGAUCUAUGACAAAGCCAUGAAACUGGAGCAAGAGUUUGGAGAAUACUUUACAGCCAUUGUGCAGGGUGACUCACUGGAGGAGAUUUAUAGCAAAAUCAAACAAAUCAUUGAGGACCAGUCUGGGCACUACAUUUGGGUCCCAUCCCCUGAAAAACUCUGAAGAAUCCCUCCAACCAUUCUCUUGUGAACAGAAGAAAUCAAGUCCCUCUUCCCUCCUCCUUCUUCAUUCCUGUCCCCACGGGGAGAACAAAUGACUACUGUUCUUGUCCCCUUUUUUAGAUAUGUCAAAAAUUGAGUUUUCUAGUCCUUUUUUUUUAAUUUUUGUUUUAUUUUAGUUUAUUUUUUGGGAUGAUGCCAUCUCACUCAUCAUGUGACUGUGCCCAUCCCUGCAUGGACCUUUCCCAAGCGCUAGCACAGGUGCAAAUCCAUCAGAGCCAUUGUUUUCAUAAACACCCAGCAGAAGCGAAGAGAAGAGAGGAGGACUGAUGGAAAGACAGACUCUGGACAGCUGCACAGCUUGCGAAGUGAGCUGAACGCACCACGUCAUGAGGUGCUCCUGGG